AUGGACACCAAUCACGUCCCAAGUGGGACUCCUGCACCCUAUGGCCGGGCUUGUCUAAACUGCACUCGUGCCAAAAGCAAAUGUAUUCUUUUGUCCAAUGGAAACGGCUGUGAGAGAUGUCAGCGCUUGAAGAAAGACUGCAGACCAUCGCCAUCAGUACGCAAGCGAAAUGGCCGUUCCUCAGCGUCUAGAACGGCACAGCUCGAGGCCAAGCUCGAUAAUAUUGUGUCGCUACUUCAGGCUAAUGGUGGAGCACCUGGUCUCCCAGCAGACUGGGAGAAUGCCACCACAAUUAAUACGGCCAGACCAAAUAUUCUUCCAUGCCAGGCGACAAAUUUGAAUUCUACUCCGCCCGGUAUCCCAUCGCCAGUGCCAUCGGCGCCAGGGGACAGCCCACUUGUCGAAUUCUGGAAGUCGCUUCGAAUUUCGCCCGAAGAAGCCGAGAAGACCAUUCGGAAUUUCCGUACUAAUAACAUGCGGUAUAUCCCUUUCAUUCAUAUACCGCCCAACGUCACCUCACAACAGCUUCGCACUGAGAAGCCGUUUGUUUGGAUGUGUAUUAUGGCAGUGUUGACCCCCGGGAUCGACCAAAGAGACAUUCUGUUCAGCCGGAUAACCGAUAUCAUUCAUCAAAAAAUCCUCGUGGACGUCGCCCCAAGUAUGGAUUUGUUACUUGGACUUAUGAUUUUCGUAUCAUGGACAACUUAUACACGAAGACCAUUCUUGAAUUUCUAUUCUCAUAUGGUCAUGGGUCUUGUCUGCGACCUAGGCAUCAAUCAAGCCGUGCCCAAGGAACUGUCCACAAUGCAAGCAUUCAAAUGCGCCGUGGGCUGGAAACAGCACGUAUCUACAUCUAGAACCAUCGAAGAGCGAAGAGCCGUGCUCGGGUGCUUUUUGCUCACAUCAUGUGUUGCCUUAACAAUGUUUAGGGUCGACGCGUUGAGGUGGACCCCACACAUGGAGGAAAGCCUUACCAUAUUGAUGGAAGCCAAAGAGUGUCCGGACGAUGAGCUUCUGGUAACUCUUGUCAAAAUUCAGUUGGUGAUGGACAAAGUAUAUCACCUUCGAAGAGACGGAGACAACCAAGCACCUUCUUUGAUGUACACAAAAUCAAUCCAAGCCCAGCUGGAGUCUGUGAAGAACCAAACUCCUCCACAUUUGAAAGAAGACAGGAGCGUCUUGUUGCACUAUUAUACCGCAGAAAUCAUCAUCCAUGAAGCAGCCCUUCGAGACACACCAUCAGUAACUUCGCCGGAGCUCCAUCGCCUCGAAAGCCUCUGCGCGUGCCUUCAGGCGGCGAAAAGCUGGUUCGAUACUUGGCUUCCUAUACCAGGAGAGCUAUAUCUAGGAAUACCGUUCACGAUGUACUUCCAAUUUUCUCGGGCUCUUGUCACCUUGUACAAGCUCUCGACGUUAGACGAUCCAGCAUGGGACAGGAACAUGGUUCGAAACACUGCGAAUAUCCUCGAGAUUCUUGACCGAAUAGCGUACAACAUGAAAAUAUGUGCCAGCUCGUUCGAUGUAUCGGCGCCGGAGUGGAACAUUUUUGAUAAAGGCAUGAAAAUGACUCAGUCGAUCAAGCAGGGCUGGGAGCCACAGCUCAUGGAGAUCUGGUACCCGAAUGUACCACCGAGUGGAAUUGAGAGCGACUUCGUCACACCAAGUUCAACUAUGCCUGAUUUUCCGAUUAAUGGUUUUGACGAUGCGUGGAUGAUGGAAGUAUUUGGGUCGAUGUGA